CUGCGAGAGUUCCUCAGUUGAUCAUUCGGUCCUGAGCAGUGAACGUCGACGUCGGACAAAAUGAAGUUUAGAUGCAGAAUUUAACUCCUACAAAAUCAUCGUUUAACUGUAAGAAAGUGUAUUGAUUCUUAAUCGUUUGACUACAGGAUUUAGAUCGGAAAUUACAUUUGCAUAGGAAUUUUGACGAACAUUCUGAUGGAUCGGAGACGCCGCUGAGACGAAUCGGCUUACCUAAACUGGCGCGAGUAAAUUUGCAAAAUAUAUUUCUAGAAACCAGUUUUUAUCAACCAGAUUCUUCAAAAUAUGGAUUUCUUACUCAUCAGUGAUAUAGAUUAGUAAUGCAGCUUGGUCGAUCCUGGUGCCCCGAUGUCGACAAUGUCUAGAAAAAGUGCACGAUUGCUAUCUCGAACCAAGAGCGAUGAAGAUACUGUACCAUGCGCUAAAGUGAACAGAAAAAGGAAAGCCGAGGAGGAUUUACAUGAAGAAACAGCGAUGAUUAAGAGAACAAAGACUUAUAGUAUUGAAACCCAGUGGAUUCCGAUUUCUGAAAACUCGUCUAUUUCAACGUGCACUCUGGUACCAACUAGUCACCCCCCAACACCUGAAAGCGAGGAAAAGAAACCAUCGGAAAUCAUUUUAGGAUCCAAAUUUCGCUUCAGAAAUUACUUUAUAUCAACUAAUAGGUCAUCUCCAUUGCCUAAAUUAAGUUGGGCCGAUUCUCGUGAAGUAUGGCAGUUCAUGCUGAAGAAGGAAUCGCAUUACAACCGAGAUUCAAACAUGUUUAAGAAACACCCAGCUUUACAGUCUAGAAUGAGGACAAUCCUACUGGACUGGUUGAUUGAGGUGUGUGAGGUGUAUCGGUUACACAGGGAGACCUUCUACCUUGGUGUGGACUUUGUGGACCGCUAUAUAAGUUUGAGUAGUGGGUUACAGAAACACCAGCUUCAGCUCAUCGGCAUCACAUCACUGUUCAUUGCAGCAAAAUUAGAGGAAAUUUACCCGCCAAAGAUUGCAGAGUUUGCGUAUGUAACAGACGGCGCCUGUACAGAGGAUGAAAUACUGGACCAAGAACUGAUCAUGUUGAAGGCAUUGAAGUGGGACUUGUCACCACUAACAACCAAUGGCUGGCUGAACCUCUACCUACAAGUUGCCAAUAUAGAGCACAUCGUUGAAACGGAACACGGAUUUGUCUUCCCUCAGUAUUCCUCACAUGCAUUUAUACAGAUAGCCCGGCUAGUCGACUUGUGUAUCCUGGAUACUGGGUGUCUACAGUUUCCCUACAGUGUCCUAGCAGCCUCAGCACUCUACCAUCUCACAACCAAAGAAAUUGCACUGUCUGUCUCUGGCUUCAGUUGGGCAGACAUCCUUCAGUGUGUCAGCUGGAUGGCUCCAUUUGCAAUAACCGUGCGAGAGUCUGGUCCAGCAGAGGUCAAGUUCUUUCCUAACGUGGCACCCGAGGACAGUCAUCACAUCCAGACACAUGCUAUUGACCUCAAUCUCCUGGAAAAAGCUCAAGAAAGGCAGGAGCAAGUGCUCAACUCUCUGCGAGCAGGAAGUCCUGACUUACAGGCCCAAGUGAUCACACAACUGACUCCACCUCACAGUAACAAAAAGACCGGCAUCACGCUAGACCCCUUGUGUUCACCACAUCAGGACCAACUACUGGAAAAUACAGAGGAUUGCAAAUGAUAACUGCUCAUUAAUGGAUAACUUACAAAUAAUUGUGCUAUUUAUAUAGAGGACUUGACAUACGAUGUAUCGCGACUGAAAGGGUUUAAAGACACUAAUACUGAGUACGAUGUAUCGCGACUAAAAUGGUUCAAAGACACUACUACUGUGUACGAUGUAUCGCGACUAAAAUGGUUCAAAGACACUACUAACGUGUACGAUGUAUCACGACUCUAAAAGGGACUCUUACAUGAGCUAGUGCAAAACACAGGAAAGUGUAGGCACUGUGUUCACAUACAGACUUUACAUCUCCGUAAAGAACAGAUGAAAAGUGAAUAAACAUUAAUAUUGAUUCUAAUCGUGUGCAAUAAACACUGAAUCCUGUGCAGUGAUGGAUAGACAUUUUAAGUCCGUUCGAGGUACAAGAUAUUGGACACAGUGAUGGAUAAACAUUUAUAGUCCGUCAAGGUACAAGAUAUUGGACACAUGACUGAGAGAAUUUGUGUGUGACUGACUGGUACAUGUAACUUAUGGAUGCCUCAGAAGUUGUUACUCUGUAACGUUUUAUUCAGGGUGACUGAAAUGGAUGAAUGUUGUUUUGCGAGAGAUGUGCAACUGCAACGUAUACAUUUUACUAUAAUUUGACCACUAUCCCCAAGGGAUCUUAUUUACAAGUCACCAAUGUGUUCAGAAAUGUUCUUGUGAAGAACUUUUUAUUAUAAAUGGCCAACAGAUCAGGAUGUUAUAGUGCUUGUUACUUGUACAAAGGUUUUGAGAUUUGUUAAAUUUGAUGAUUUGAUACUCCUCUGCAUAACCAUGCCACUUGAUAAUUAUUCUGUCAUCUAUGAGAUGAACAUGUCUCCAUUAACUAGUAAUGCUAGCAUUUCGUCUGCCCACCGAUGUGUUCUGUUUAUAUAUAGUUGAUCUCUGGUGCAGGUAUACUGAUGUUAUGUCUUGGGGACAUUCCGUACAGUACAGAAGAUUGUAUUGAAAUAGCCCUGUGUGUUCAUUAACUUUAUACAUAUACUUAGUUCCUAAUCCCUAAUAUAUAUAUUUGUCCAAUAAAUGUCCCUCCUCAAGGGACAAGACAUCACUCCAGAGGAGGAAGGGGGGAGGGCAAAUGUUUUUUAUCUUCCUUUGACGUUUGAUGACAUUGCCAAUCAGUAGAUUGUUGCAUUGCUAACAUUUAAUUUUUUGUGAAUCCUCUUUUGUCAAUUUUGAGGGCUAUGUUAGAAAUUAAAGUGUGGAUACUUGAAACAACUGCUGAGGAUCAGAAAUAUUCAUAGGGCUUUAUAUAUAAUUACUUGGUAGAAAUAACUAUUCUGUUGAGAUAAAAUCUUGUUUAGUUAAUGUGCAAUACAUUGUAAUAUUGGGACAAGCAAAUUGACGAGUAUCAAAUCACAGUAGAUGGGUAUUGGGGGGGGGGGGGGGAUGUAAAUCCAUAAUGAAAUUGUCUGUGUUGUUUUCAUUCAUUGCUUAGUUUAAGUAAACAUAUCUAUAUUUUUAUAUGAGUGUCUAUAAGGAUGUUUUAUUUAAGUUGUGAAACUUGUGCUGAAGUAACUGCAAACUUCAGUGGGUGUGUGAGAAUGUGUUACUGCCUGUAUUAACACUAGUCAGAAAGAUUGAAGGAGGCAGUUUUACAUGUAUACUAUAGAUCAGAGAGGUAUGAUCAACGCCACCUAGGUAAUCGUAGGUAUUGUAUAUCGGGUAGUCAGUUUUGAUUUUUGUCGUACUGCAUCAGGGACAGUGUCAGAAUAUUGUACAGCUAUUCGUUUCAUAAUUUCAUUUGUCUGAAAUAUAUUUUGUUCUCAUUUCCUGACUUAAAAAGUAAUACAGACGGAUUGUCAAUAAUUCAACAUGUGUAAGGAUCCUAUUAUAUGUUGAAUAUGUAUGAACUGUCCAGUAUAAAAUGGGAGUUUGAUUAGCACCGGUAAAUUCUGGCGCUCAUUAAAUACUCCACAUUUGGACCUAUUGUACAGAUAUUUAAAGAGAAAUGAUUUAUAUAAUUAAAUUAAAUUAAGUAAUUUAUGCUAUUUAUACGCUCAAGACAUAUUUCUUUAAUUUCAUUUGUAGCUCUGAUUAUUACUUGAUAAUAAUCUUAAGUAAAAUGUUAAUAUAUAAUUUAUUUAAUUUGAAUCAAUAUAUGGAAAUAUUGUACUGUCUGAGUAACCUACUGCUACUACAGGGUGUGUAUGUAGGGAAGCCAAGCAGGUUCAGUUAAAAUGUCGGCUAGAGCUUCAUCUUAUUUUUUCAUCUCUUGUUUAGUUGUAUUUAAAAAAAAUAUAUAUUUGAAUAGAAAUCUCAAGGUAAUUAUUACAAAUCAAAAUGACGUCACAGUUCACGCGUUAUUUUCACACUUUUGUAUUUGUGUUCAUUCUGCAAUGUACAAUAGAAAAAGGCAUUUUAUUUGUAAAACUUUUGCCCAAUCCUUUUGCUCCAAAAUGUGGAAAUGAAUUUGUUUACAUCACAAGAAAGUCUGUUCCAGUCCAGCUAGUGAAACGUGCAGAUUUAUUGAAGGUUUCGGUACCAAUAGUGGACCCUGUUCUACUAAAACCUGCCUUGUAUCCAGACAUAAUAUCAACCCAAUCAGGGAUUCCCUGAGAAUGUAUGUUGUAUUUGCCUUAAAAGGUCUUUAUGUUUGAGGAAGUUGAUUCGAUAUUAAGACAUGAUGUUCCUGUAAGGAGUUAAAACUUGAGAUACAAAUUUCAAAAAUUUCAAAGUUAGUAUUGUGUGCGAAAUCAUUUCAGAUUUGUAACUUCAAAUACUGAAUCCUGAAUUUGUCACGAGAUUUUCACUGUUUUCCUCGUUUGUCCAGAGCUUGUUAUAUAUCAGAUCAGCAGGCUAUGGUAAUUGUUACUACUCAAAAUAUAUCACAAAGGGACCAAUGAGGGAGGUGCUGUCACACUCCUUAAAAGGGACCAAUGCUUUUAAACGAGUGAAAUUUUAGGGUAUGUUGUAUCUUCACCAAAAAUAAACAUGUUUUAAAUUAAAUUUA